GAGAGGAGGAGGCCCUAGACUGUCAAUCACAGCGAGCCUCAUCUUUGCCCUUGAGGACAUGGCCCCUGUCACUCAGAGGUGUCUACCCCUUCAAGAGGAGGGGCCUGGCCUAUGAGGGGGUGUCCAAACGCUCUAGAGAGGACAAGUCUUUCCCCCCAGCAUCAGGUAGAUGAGAAUGCGUUUGUCCAAACCACUAGUAGACAUGGAGAUGGCAGACUAUAGCGAGGCCUUGGAUCCAGCCUACACCACGCUGGAGUUUGAAAACAUGCAAGUGCUUGCGAUGAGCACAGCUGGCUUGGGAUAAAAUGACUUGUUUGGAUAGUAUUUCAAGAAGAAGUUUGACACCAGGAUGAAUGAUUACUAGAAGAAGAGGGUGUCAUGUAAAUGUUUCGCAGCCAAUCCUCCCAUGUCUAAGUUUUGUGCAACAAAUUGAUAUUCAACCGGUGUCAACCUGACACAAGUAAUUUAAUAUGAAUGACUCCUCACCACAAGAAAGUGCCAACAUGAAUGCUGCCAACCACUUAGGGGCCGGCACUCUAUGUGCCAUUUGUGGGGACCGGGCCACAGGAAAGCACUACGGGGCCUCAAGCUGUGAUGGAUGCAAGGGGUUCUUCAGACGCAGUGUACGCAAAAACCACAUGUACUCAUGCAGGUUCAACAGACAGUGCAUAGUGGACAAAGACAAGAGAAAUCAGUGUCGGUACUGCAGACUAAAGAAAUGUUUUCGAGCUGGCAUGAAAAAAGAAGCUGUGCAGAAUGAACGAGACAGGAUUAGCACCAGAAGAUCCAGCUAUGAGGACAGCAGCUUACCCUCCAUAAACGCACUCAUUCAGGCUGACGUUCUUUCUAGACAAAUUUCAUCACCGGGUCCAAUCUUGAAUGGUGAUAUCAGAACAAAAAAGGUAGCCGCAAUAAUGGAUGUGUGUGAGUCUAUGAAACAGCAGCUGCUGGUGCUGGUGGAAUGGGCAAAAUACAUCCCUGCAUUCUGCGACCUCCCGCUGGAUGAUCAGGUGGCUUUACUGCGAGCUCACGCUGGAGAACACCUCCUACUAGGAGCUGCCAAACGCUCCAUGAUGUAUAAAGACAUUUUACUAUUAGGCAAUGAUCAUAUAAUUCCUCGAAACUGCCCUGAAUUGGAGGUGAGCCGUGUGGCUGUAAGAAUCCUUGAUGAGUUAGUACUUCCCUUCCAAGAUCUCCAGAUUGAUGACAAUGAAUACGCCUGCUUAAAAGCCAUUGUAUUUUUCGAUCCAGACGCCAAAGGUUUAAGUGACCCAAGCAAGAUCAAACGAAUGCGGUAUCAAGUUCAAGUUAGUUUGGAAGAUUACAUCAAUGACCGACAGUAUGACUCGCGGGGACGGUUCGGCGAGCUGCUUCUGCUGUUGCCGACACUACAGAGCAUCACCUGGCAAAUGAUCGAGCAAAUCCAGUUUGUUAAAUUGUUUGGAAUGGCGAAGAUAGACAAUCUGCUGCAAGAGAUGCUUUUAGGAGGUUCAGCUAAUGAAGCACCUCACGCUCAUCAUUCUCUCCACCCCCAUCUGGUCCAGGAACACCUCAGUAAUAACGUCAUAGUCACUGCCAACAUGGCUACUCCACUUCACAAUGGCCAGAUGUCCACUCCGGAAACUCCAAUCCCAUCUCCCCCCACAGCUUCAGGUUCUGAUCACUACAAAAUGGCAUCGGGUGUUAUUGCUACAGUGCCCAAACAGCCAAGCUCCAUCCCUCAACCUACCAUCACUAAACAAGAGGCCAUCUGAUAGCAGAAAAGCACAACUCAACUUCUUAAACUCGCUACUUCUAAUAGACUGUGACAAUAGAUAUUUGGACACAGCAUAUUUUAAAUGUAUAUUCACUAGCUGUUCAAAUUAAAGUUUGUAGCAAAGACACUGUGAACAUUGAGAAUUUACUAUUUUUAGAACUUUUUACCAAAAUAAUUGAGCUUAAAGGUUACUUUAGAUAUAUAGAU